CGUACUGUAUCAGUGUCACCGCCCUUCCGUUGGACAACAAACAUCGUAAUUGGCACCAUUGUGCGCCGCCCUCUCGCCGCAUCCUCAUCGGUGAAAGGCGGUCGGAGGCGCAUUUCCCGCGGGAGCCGCCAGCCGCGCUGUCGUCACUCAUCGCCCUUCCUGGCCUUCCCUGCAGCUGUGUGGGGCGACUCUAGCGAACAUCUAGUGAAAGAUUGCUUUCUCCUUCGGGUGUCAGAAGUUAAGGCCCCGUCUCAGUUUCUGUUAAAAGAAAAGUGUACACUUCCAGUUAAAUUGAAAAGUCCAUUUGAG